AUGGAUAUACAGCAACUCCAAAACCUCCUCGCAGAGACAAAAGCUUCCCUUGAUUCUUUUCAGUCAGACGGGCUCGAGAAGUCGAGAAUCGAUGCACAGGAAAAGGCACUUCAGCUGGCGCGAGCGUUGGAACGUCCUCGAGAUGCGAUUCUCAAGCUCGCAUAUGCACCGUCCGUUGUAAUGGCAGUCAAAAUUGCCCAUGAUAUGGAGAUAUUCCCUGUGCUGGCAAAGGCGACCUCUCCAGUCCCAUUGGCAGACCUAGCAUCGGUUAAGCCAGCCGAUCCUCUCUUAGUUGAGCGUAUACUGCGACUCCUCGCAACGAAUGGAUUCGUGCAAGAGUUCGCGCCUCGCGAGUAUCUACCCACCAGACUGUCCAAGGAGAUGACCGAGAGAGCAUCGAUUGGAGUUGUAGAGUCACUCUUCCUUGAGUUUCUGCCAACCUUCCAAAAGACUCCCGAAUACCUCCGAGCCACCAACUAUCGCAAUCCAGAUGACCCCAUGCUCGCUGCCCUCCAGUAUACAAAUGAUUUCAAAACAGACGGUUUCACCUGGCUCUGUCAGAAUCCAGAGGCGUUGACUCGAUUCAAUAGCUUCAUGGAAGGGCAGCGAGCUGACAGACCGCACUGGGGAGACUGGUUCCCUGUUCAAGAGCAGAUAUUGGAUCAUCCUGAUCUGGAGGCUGACACUCCGCUUCUGGUUGAUAUCGGAGCUGGUCGCGGUCAUGAUCUGAUCGGAUUUAAAAAGAGGUUCCCGGAUGUUCGCGGUAAACUCAUUCUAGAGGAUCUUCCCGCGGUAAUUGAAGAGGUCCAAGGCGCGCAGGACCUGGCAGUUGCUGGUAUCGAUACUGUUUCGUAUGAUUUCUUCAAACAAGUCCAACCAGUUCAAGGCGCACGCGCAUACUAUUUCAAAAAUGUGCUUCACGACUGGUCCGAUGAGAAAGCAGCGAUCAUCUUCAACAACCUUAAGCCCGCUAUGAAGCCGGGAUUCUCCAAGAUUAUUGCGGAAGAGUACAUUCUUCCCGACCAGAACGCGCGUUCUCUGCCUUGUAUGACUGAUAUGGCAGUCAUGGUUUUCUGUUCAGGUCUAGAGCGAACUCAACAACGUUGGACCGAUCUCAUGACGUCUGUUGGCUUGCGAGUUGCCAAGUUCUGGGUGCGCGAGGGUGAUGGACUGGGAAUUAUUGAAGCCGAACUGCCCGAGAGCGCUUAA